UAAAUUUUGUUCUUGGUCCAUCUGAAUGCUACCUCAUGUGAUGCAACAGUUUAAUAUUUUCUCUAUUGCUUUUUUGUGUCUUAGAAUAGUUUGGUAUCCAUCUCAAGGAAUAGCAGGAGUUUGUGAAGAAUGUCUACAAUUCAUUGGUACCUUUCAUGAGCUUUAGCUCUAGUUUUAAUCUUGCUGUGACUUUUUUCCCCCUUUUCCAUCUCUACAAACAUGGUAUCUGUCUGCGUCUGUGACUAUUCUAGGGGACCUUCAAGAGCAUAGUGAAGUGACAUGUUUUUAAGCCCUUUCAGCUGAAUACAAAAUUGUCAUAUGGUUAAGAACAACCAUGUAGAAAAUUGAGAGGGUGACUCUCGGCACAAGUUGGUGGGAGACAACUCCCCACCACUGUGUUUGUAAUCUGGGGCUGGCAGUGCAUAUAGCAGGAUCACCAGCUCACACUGGAAGAGCCUUUAAGCCGCAUACAGGUCAAGGUCUAUAGGCUAGCUGCCCCUGCUCUAGAUAGUGCAAUGUGGCACCUUUGUAGAUACUCUUACAUAGCUCAGUUUUAACCUGACUUUUCCCUUUCAACUAAAUAUUUUACUUUUUUUAUUGCACAUUGGAAAUCAUUAUUUCCCAAACCCUUUGCUCUAUAAGUACAUGAUUCCAACAGCAUGUUUUGGUGACAGCAAAAGAAAAUGGAAUUUCCAAGUAUUCAUAAUAUAUGUGAGUAGUACAGGGACAACUUUUAGCCAAGAUGUAACAAAUACCCCACCCCCAACUUCUGAUGAAAUACCUGCCCCUGCAGACAGCCAGUUGUAACAUUUGCUCCGGAUGUCACGCCCCUCUUUCGGUCACAUGGUUUGUUGUGAUUGGCUGGAAGCAUCCAUUACCACACGGGCCGCGAGCGCAGGGGAGGGGGGUUUAUUUUCACCCUUAGCCCUAGCGAGUGUAGUGGACGGUACCGUACUCUGAGCUUUUGUUUUCUCUUCUUGCUGCAUGUCGGAGUUCCGCCGCCCUGGACUGCAGGAGAAUAGUACAUUGCUUAAAAUGGAUAUAAAUGGAGAGUCCAGAACUACCAUAUCUACCCUCCCUGUACCUCUUGCAGAGGUCAGUUCUGCAGGCAAAGCAGAAGCAGAGAAACCACGAUGUUCCAGUACCCCCUGCUCACCAAUGCGACGGACAGUUUCAGGCUAUCAGAUCCUUCGUAUGGAUUCUAACUACCUGGUUGGCUUCACAACUGGAGAGGAGCUGCUAAAAUUAGCCCAAAAGUAUACAGGAAAUGAAGAUAAUAAAGGGGAAUCCAGGCCUAACUUGCACUCUAAACAGCUUGAUUCAGGACUUGCAUGUUCCUCCCGUUUGUACAAAACUAAAAGUAGGUACUAUCAGCCAUAUGAGAUCCCAGCAGUAAAUGGGAGGAGGAGGAGACGGAUGCCCAGCUCAGGGGAUAAAUGCACUAAGGCUUUACCAUAUGAACCUUACAAGGCACUUCAUGGUCCCCUGCCUCUUUGCCUUUUAAAAAGUAAAAGGGCUCACUCUAAAUCCCUGGACUACCUCAAUUUAGACAAAAUGAGCAACGAGGAACCUGCUGACACAGACAUGCUACAAUACCAGCUCCAACACCUUACCCUUAGAGGGGACCAUAUGUUUGCAAGAAAUAACACAUGAACUAUGAACUAUAAUCUAGAAUUUAGAACCAGUUUCUGGUUAUUUCUCUGUUGCUGCAAAAAUCCACUGUCAUAUUGUGCACAUGACUGUCCACAUUGUAGGGGUUAUCAGCUAAAUGUUAUCAAAAAGUAAUUUAUUUGAAUAGAAUUUUGACAGUGCAUUGUGUUACAAACACUUGGAGGGAAAAAAAUCUUUCCAGAGCAAGCAGCUUCUAAUGCAAAUUUGACUGCAGCUGAUGGAUAUUUCUUUGGACACCUUUUAACAAAGAAAAGGCUUUUGGUUUUUGGAUUUGGGUUUGGUUUAUUUUGUAGUUAUCUAGUAUUUAUGGUCAUUUAAUACUGAAAAAUUGAUGGUCUGCUUGGUUGUUGAUAAUUUUGACUUGACGUUAGAAAUUGCUCUUGGAUAAGUACUUAAGUUAUCUUUUUGUUUCUUACUGUAUUCUACAAUAAAAUGUAUGUAUGAUUUUUUACUUUAUGGGAAGGAAUGUGAGCUUGGCUAAAUUGGAUCACUUGUUAUUUUAAACCAUCCCAUGCAAACAUUUUGAAACUGGGUUUGCAGUGGUGGCGAGGAAGAAAUUCACUCAUAAAAUAAACCUUUGUUCAUUUGCUACUUUAAACCUAUUAAAUUAUUUUUUAGUUUCUGCAUGGAAGUAAUUGUUUUGCCUCCUCUGUUUUAUAAAACUAGUUUGGAAUAAGUAUUUGGAAUAUUAAAAAAUAUUUCUGAGAGUGAAGGGUUUGGGUUUUUUUUGUUAAUAUGACUUAUUUUUUAUGUUGUCUUGACAUGUAAACAAGGAUUCACUUCAGAUUCCGGUAAAUGCACUAGAAUGUCUGCAUCAGUAUAUCAAUAAAGUUUUUAAUUUUAAUUCAUGAUUUCUAUAUAGUAUAGUAAUGGAAGAUGUCAAAUAUCUCUAGCAUUGCUUUGGAAAUUUAGUCUAUUUGAAGCACUGAACACUUUUAUUAAGAUCCGGAAGACAGAUUUUUAGAUGGAGUGCAAGUGAAGUGUUUCUAUAUCAGCCCUGAAGAGCUGAUUCUGGAUUAUUCAACAGAGUAGAUUGAAUACACUGGCUUAAUUUGUUGCUUAAGAAUUUUUUGUCCAAAUAUGACAUCAAAUGCAGUUUUGACAGCUGUAUUCUUAGAUAUAUUUAAAACAUGUUAGUAACUUAUGCUUAAAAAUUUAAAAAAGUUUUUAGACAUUUUUAGGUGCAAUCUAUUACUGAAGUAGUGUGCAACUUGGUUUUGGUUUACUUAUUUAGAAGUUAAAAUUAAGAUCACGUUGUUUAUAACUUAUUUGAUCAGUUGUUUCUGGUACAAUUCAGGGUUUUUUUGUUUCUCCUUCAGAAUGAAUAGCAAGCACUAGUCAGUGCAUGUGUUGUGGAGAAUUAAGAGUUCUUUUCAUUCUGCCACUUACUCCACAAUUGUAACUGAAGGCAGUGAAGAGGAGCCCAGUAGACUAUGUUUUACUGGUUUGGUUAAUGUUUUCUGGCUUAUUAGAAUAUUUAAAACUGAUGUGUAUUUUAAAGAGUUAACUGCACCUCUGUAAAUUUAAUGUAUUGAACAAUGAUCUCUAAAGUAAACUUUUCCUAUGUAGUCUGAAAAACAGAAUAUGGUCAGAUGCCAAAGAGAUGGAAGUUUUGUCUAAUGAAUAAACACCACUAUUUAUUGAAAUGCCCUAUGAAAAUGUAUUUCUGGCUGAAAAAUAAAAAAAAGUAAUAUAAAUACCUAUUUUUGUGGAGUCUUUUGCUGUGUAGAAUAAUGAGGACAUUUAAAAAUACAACAUCAGACCAGGAAUCAUUAAAUCUUGAAAGCAGGAAUCUUAUACUUCUGUGAAAUAUUUAGACAGUUAGGAUUCUUCUGUUGUUUCAGGAAAUCAGACAUACAAUUGUUAGUACAUUUUUUGCAUAUUGUUACUUUGGUCCUGUGCAGUAAUUGUAUAGUUACAUCUAUAGAGAGGCUGGUGGCUGUCUUGCCAAGUUCAAACAUGAAAAAUUUGUUAGUACUUUUUCUGUCUCGUGGCUUGCUUGUGAAAGUGAUUGCACCUGAUAACAUUGCUUAACUGUUUUACACUUGCAGUUACACUUGCAUAGUACAUAAUCAUUCAAGAGCCAUAUUUUUUUAAGUUGGAUUGGUAAUGUUCUUAAUUACAGCUCUUAAAUUCAUAUAGUGAUUUCCUGUUUUUACUUCUAAAAGAAGCAAAAUCUCAGACAUAAGAAAGCUUUUAAUCUUCUCAUUUUUUAUAAUUAUGUCUUACAUUAAUCUAUUAAAAUUAAAGGCAAGAUGGUUCUUUAGACUACUAAAAUGAAAUUGAAUGUGAACAAUACUGACUUCUCAAACUGAGAUCUUUACUAAAUAUCAGGCUCUGGACAUUAUUGCGGCCUUU